ACACCCCCCCCCAUACACACCCGCCUUGGGGAGCAGCAUUCGUCAUCUGUGAACAGGAUACCAACGUUUGACUUUCCCCAAGUUUGUCAGUGCUUGUAACUGCGGAGAGUGAUCUCUCUCUUUUAAAAUGGAAUAAUAAUACUUAUAAGCUUGUUAGUUUUUGCCUUUUUAAAUUCGUGACGUCGUCUGCUUAUUUUCCUUUUUUAAUACAUACACACUGCACAAAUGGGUCGUGGGGUCCAGCGUUGUACCUUCUAUCUCAUGCUCACCUUUUCACUAAUCCAGGCAACGCCACUCAGUUAUGAUCUGUUUCAGGGCCCCGCAUAUUCCGGACAGGGACACCGGCACAAAAACAGAAACUGGUGCGCGCAUGUCGUGCACAAGAACGUGACCUGCGCGGUCCUGGCGACCGCUGAGAGCUUCGGGGAGCCGGAGCGCGCCGCGUGCCCGCCGGAGGAGCCCGACUGCCUGCGGCGAGUGAUGUAUCGAACCCAGUUCCACCCGGUGUAUAAGAUAGGCUACAAGGUGGUGACAGAACUGGAGUGGAGGUGCUGUCCGGCAUUCCAGGGCCCCGACUGCAAGACCCUGAAGACGGGUGUCUACAGGCAGGCCGCACCACACCCAGACUCCCAGCCCAGCCCGGGGGAAGUCCACUUUGCACCCAGGCCGGAGUUGGUAGAGUCUGGGCUUAGCAGUCCAUGGCAGGGGGCAGAGCAGGUUAACCAGCUGGAACAGGAGGUGCAGCGGCUCUCACAGACAGUGCAGGACCUGCAGACCACCCUGACCGGCCUGAACGAGAACCUGCGGCCGGACGCCCGGGGAGAUGCCGGCCGCAUGCUGGUGACGCUGCUCAAUGACCGGCAGCCAGCGGAGAGCUCUCGGGACAAGGUGCCGGACAGUGUGCCCACUCUGCCCAGGGCUUCCCAGGCGCUGCGGGGGGCUUCCCAGGCGCUGCGGGGGGCCUCGUCCCCUGAGGGACCCCCUCGCCUCUUGAGGGAAGCGUCCCAGGUUCCCCAGCCCAGCAUCCCCACCCAGGACGAUCACGAUCCACUGCAGACCUACAUCGACCACAAGUUUGAAGAGCUGAAGCAGGAGCUUCUGGAGGAAAUGGACCUCAAGAUGGCUGGUCUGAAGAGCUCCUACGACCACAAGAUCCAUUCUCUGGAAAAGCAGUGUGCCGCACAGGAGAGCAAUCACGUCUCAUUGACUAAGCUGGUGACUGACAACGAGGCAGACCUGCGCACUGAAAUCCAGGAUCUCCGGCUCAGCCUGGGGACCACUGGCGGCCCAACCAGAAACUAUGGAGAGACCAAACCCAGCCGAAAGUUGGACGGUCUCGCCGAGCUCCGCAGGGACGUGGAACGGAUUGCUGAAGCAGGCCGUGCUUUGAACGCCAGGGUGGACAACGAGCUCAAGCAUUUGUCCUCUAUGAGGCUGGAGGACAUUUUUGGGCCACGGUUUGAAGAAUUGGAAGCUCGCUUCAAUGUCACAGAAAGGAACACAGAGGUGCACUGCUUCUACAUCGAUGAGAAGCUGACGAGACUGAUUACCGAUGAGGUGAAGGCAUUGAGACAGUCACUGGACGAGCGGCUCGGUGCCAUAGAGCUGGGAGAGGCUUUACAGACUGAGGUCAGCUCCAACAAGCGCAUCAUCCAGGGCUUGGAGGAGAAGCUUAAUGCUCUGGGGAUGGUCUGCUCCAGGAACUGUGGGGCUGGGCCGGAAGGCCUUGAUGCCUUCCAGGAGCAGCUCAGGCUCUGCAGGAGCGACGUGGAUGAGCUGGCUUCUGAAAUGAACUUCAGCACAGACAAGCUGAGAGAGCUGAACGCUCUGGUCCAAAGUCAGUUGACGAUCGCCGAGGAAGAGAGGCAAAACUUUGCAGGCAUGCUGGCUGGGAUGAGUGAUCUCCGCACUGAUGUGAAUUCCCUCCGCGGGGCGGUAGCUGUCCUUGGGCAAUCCCUGUCCGAGCAAGCCCUCGAGCUCCAGAACAUCAGUGCCACCUGCUCCCCGACAGAUACACCUCAACCUGUGGAAGGAAUGCUGGGAAGUCAGAUGGAGGAGCUGCGAACGAGGGUGGAGCACCUGAGUGGUCGGGUGAGCUCGGAGCUGCUGCAGUGCCGGGAAGCCGGCGAAGGCAUGGCGAAGGACAUAUCGACGGCGGACGGCCGCAUCGGUGACGUGGAGAGGGCUUGCGGCAAACUAGAGGGUAUCCCCGACGAGCUGCGGCAACUUCACAAGGGCCUGGAGGACACCGUGAGCCGCUUACAGGGUGGUGUUCAUCAGAUCAACAUGACUGUGGGAACACAGGUGAAGGAUUUAGCGAGCAUGAGGAACCUACUCAAGAACAUCCUGAACCAGCCAUCAGGAACAAACCAAACUGCUCCAGAGCAGACUGCGAGCAGCCCUCCGAAACCAGGGCCAGAACAGACACCUCGCAUUUCCCCCGGGGCCAAACCCGCACCCCUCCCCACCUCCCCCCUGGAGCCUCACAGUCGCCUCAUUCCCCACAUACACAUCCCGCUGAUUCCCCCCCCUCAUCAGCUACCCGUGAACCCCCUGCGGCCGGACCGCGCCCCUCAGCGCCCACCCCCCCCUCGACAGCCCAUGCGGGAGGCCGGAGAAGCCGGACCUCCCGGGACGCCCCCCCGAGUUCAGCCCAGGCUGCACGCAGAACCUAUGCAGGGCUUUGCUGGAGCUCCAGGUUACCCCCCCCUCAAAUCCGUGUCGUUCCGGUCCAGAUUUCUCCCAGUCACCUCGUCUCCGCGGAGGCUAGAAGUUCAGAGGCCCAUCAUCACCCGGGCGGUGGAACACUCCGGCUCAGCCAUGCCCUUCUCCUUCUCCGCCGGCCUCGGCCUGCAGACACGUCCUGCCCGCCUGGGUGUGGUCCUUUUCGACAAGGUGCUGGUGAAUGACGGGGAGCACUAUAACCCAGCCACAGGGACAUUCACGGUCCCAGAAGAUGGGCGGUACCUGGUCAGUGCGGUGCUGAUGGCACACCGGGGCGAGCACGUGGAGGCCGUGCUGACGGUGUCUGAUGGCAUCGUGCAGCGGCUGGCCUCCUCGGAGCCCGCAGGCCGGAAGGACCCCAGGCAUCGGUGCGGCUGCGGGGGCUCCGCCUCCCUCACCCUGGCGCUCACACUGCGGGCUGGCGAACCCCUGCGGCUGGUCCUCACCUCCGGCAGGCUGGCCGCCCCGGACUCCAACGAAGUUCUCUCCACCUUCAGCGCCAUCUAUCUGUAUCCUACGCCCAUAAGCCGGUAGCCUCCCGAACUUUCCUUCCUGCUCUGACAACUGAUCUAGGAUUUGUUUAAUUUCCCAUUUGUUCUAUGGUUCACCAUAAUGUGCUAAAUGCUGAGACUGAUCCAGGGUCAGUUCCUUGUGUGUUGUGAGUUGUUUGAAAUUUCCUACCGCUUUUCCGGGUCGGGUCGCGGGGCAGCAGUCUCGCCAGGGAAACCCAGACUUCCCUCUCCCCGGCCACGUCAUCCAGCUCCUCCGGAGGAAUCCCGAGGCGUUCCCAGGCCAGCCGAGAGAC